AUGGCAAGCCCAGAACAGACAGAUAACACACCGUCGAACCGUCGCAAAGCCUGCGACCUGUGCUUUACAAAAAAGAUCAAGUGUGACAUGCUAAAGCCCGAUUGUUCGAACUGUGUACUCUACAAUACAAGUUGUCGGACCAGUAUCAUCAGACGCAAGCCUAAUGCGGCGAGAGUAAGGGCAGGGGCUAAACAGCAGCAAGAAGAGUACGUCGCCUUCUUCCAUUCCAGCUCAACUCAACUCACUGUCGUUAGAAUCGAUGAUAAGGAAGGUCUCAAGUCAAGAUUGGCUCGCAUUGAGGAGCAGCUUCAACUUGUUCUCAACGCCGCCAAAGAUGCUCAAGCCGCUAGACCACCAGCGUUGUCUCACUCACCAGAUAGCCACUCCAGCACAAGCGACUCAACAGAGUCAACGACCAACGGCAAUUCAAAGAAUUCCGAGGACCUGGCCAAGACGCUGAAAUAUUCCUGGAAGUUCGACCCUACCAAUCCAGUCGUUUAUCAAGGCGUUCAUCCAGCAUCACUUGACCUUCCGCCGCUGGAUGAAAUCCUGCCCGUCGUGGAUCACUACUUUUCGGGCUUCAAUACAGUUAUUCCCCUCUUUUCGCAACACGACUUUAUGAAAAGUCUUACAACAUGGUAUCAUUCGCCAAGUACUCGUGACAGAGCGUCGUGGGCUGCUAUCCAAACCGUCAUGGCCAUUGGCUAUCGUACACCGCAGCUCUCUGUAGCCGCUAGCCAAUCAGUCCACAUCGAAAAGGCAGAUCAAUGUUUGAGGAAUGCACAGAGCGUGGUAUCAGAGCUUGUCACGCGAGAAGAGGAUUUACUGGGUGUUCAGAUCCUGCUUGGUAUUGUUAUGCUAUUUCAGAAUAGUCGCGAUCCUAAGCCUGCUAGUGUUCUCAUUGGCACAGCCGUAAGGUUGGCACAUAGGUUAAGGUUACACUCGCAAGAAGCUACGAUGGAAUUCCCAGCCGCUGAGGCCGAGCAGCGAUCACGAGUGUUUUGGAUUGCGUAUACUCUUGACAAGGAUAUUUGUCUGCGAGCAAGCACUCCCUCAUGUCAGUUUGAUGAAGAUAUAGACAUCAGCCUACCUACACUGGCACCUGCAGACAGCGUUGGUUUGAUAUGGACGCAAAACGGCCAAGUUCACUUUAACUACCACCGGCGGCGCGUUGAACUCGCCUACAUCGAGGGCAAAGUCUACGAUCUUCUCUACUCGAACCGAGCGAGCAAAGUGAAAGGACAAGAACGGCAACGCCGCGUAUCGCGUCUACAGUCCAUGCUAGAUCAGUGGUACGAGCGCAUUCCCACCGAAUUUCAUAUCGAAAACGUUGCUGCGACGGUUGGACCGAGCCAGCUCGUGCAGAUGACAAAGAUGCACCACAGCUUUUUGCUAACAGAGGUUAUGAUCCAUGGGAUUUACAGUACUAAUGCGGAAUGGAUGAAGAGGAUUAGCUCUCUUGGCAGGUCCACGAUAACGAAUAUGGGAAACUUUGACGAUGGGGGCAAGGCCACGGGUACCAAGUGUCGGGAACAAGCGCCCCCCUUGCCAGAGGGGUGGAACCAAUGCCUGAAUGUUAGUCGAGGGUGUAUGAAGCUAUUCCAAGAGGCCACACCAACAGAAUGUUUGAUUUGGCAAUGCAGUUGCUCCCACUUCUCAGCUCUAAUCGUCCUCCUCGCCAACAUGACCCUCAACCCCGGCCACCCUUCCAUCAACAUCGACCAACAACUCUCCAUCAAAGCCCUCGACCUCUUCGACAAGCUUCUCCUAGUGAUUAACGACCGCCAAUUCAGCGCCCUACGCAUCGUCGUCGGCGAGCUCAGCCAAAAAGCACAGGCAGCUGUAGCGGCGCACAGGCGCGAGCUUUGCGGCAUGAUGAGGAAUACCUCCGAAACGCUCGACGCUGAGGAAGCUUCAGUGCCGGAAAUGGAGUUCUUGCCGCAGGGUGAGGUGUUUGAUGGGCUGGAUGGGCCGUUUGCCGGGUUGGAGGGAACGUUAGGUAGUUGGGAUGGCGUGGGUUUGGAAGGGUUGGGGUAUGAGCAGGUUCCGAAUGAUAUGAAUUUCAUGGACGGAGGGUUGUUGGAUUUGGAGUUUAUGCGAUAA